UGGUGAGGUCACGUGACCGUGGCGUUAGGAGUCGGUUGUAUGACUGUUUAUUUAUCCUAGGGGAGUCCCUCGUAAGCUGUGAAGGCGACGGUAUCAUCACCGGAUUCCUGGGGCUGUUGUGGGGGAUAACAGCCAGCGAGUCCUGUCCCCCAAACCGCAAAUAUAAACAACCACCGAGAGCGGCCCCGCUGUCUGACAGGGCCCUGGGGAGGGAGGCCAUUCUCCCGUCUUAUCGUCUUGUCACUUGCCAUCAGCCCUGUGCUUUCAGUGGAAAGGGACACCCCGGGAGGGGAGAAGAAAUCAUGUCAUCUCCCAGCCCGGGCAAGAGGCGAAUGGACACUGAUGUGGUCAAACUUAUUGAAAGUAAACACGAAGUUACAAUCUUAGGUGGACUCAAUGAAUUUAUAGUGAAGUUUUAUGGACCACAAGGAACACCAUAUGAAGGUGGCGUGUGGAAAGUUCGAGUGGACCUUCCUGACAAAUAUCCUUUCAAAUCCCCUUCCAUAGGAUUCAUGAACAAAAUUUUUCAUCCAAAUAUUGAUGAAGCGUCAGGUACUGUGUGUCUAGAUGUCAUCAAUCAAACCUGGACAGCCCUUUAUGAUCUUACCAAUAUAUUUGAAUCCUUUCUGCCUCAGUUGCUGGCCUACCCCAACCCAAUAGAUCCACUUAAUGGAGAUGCAGCCGCAAUGUAUCUCCAUCGACCAGAAGAAUACAAACAAAAAAUUAAAGAAUACAUCCAGAAAUAUGCAACAGAAGAGGCGCUGAAAGAACAGGAGGAACGUACAGGAGACAGCUCAUCUGAAAGCUCCAUGUCUGACUUCUCUGAAGAUGAAGCCCAAGACAUGGAGUUGUAGUAAAAACAAUCUGCUUUUUGGAAGCGAAAAAAAAGACUUAUUUCCUAACCACGAGAAGCAGACUAUAAUAUUCAUAUUUAAACAAAGCAAUUUUUUUUAUUACUAAACAAUGUUUUUAUGAAUAAUAGCAUUGGUAUAUCAUCACCCUUUAGGUCUUUAUUUUCCCAGUCAUUUCUCAACCCAAUGUGCAUAGCGUAUCCCACAUUCCAUUUUGGUAGCUGUGUGCAUGAGUUCAGCAGUCAAACAUUGUGUGCUACUUGAACUCUGUCUAAGGAAUAAAAACAAAAAACAAAAAAAAUAUAUAAAACCCCACAAAAAAAAAAACAACCAACAAAUAACAAUCCUGGCUGCUGUGAUGCGUAGUUUUUCAAGUAGUGUCGUCAUUUUAUGAGCAUUCUGACAAGUGGAGCACGCCUCGGACUCUAUGAUGGAACUUUGCAUUCUUCAAAGCUAACUGUCGAACUUUGAGGCGUACUAUAUUAAAAGAACAAGCCUUUAGAUUCUGAAAAUAACUUCAAAAGAAUGUGUUAUUUUGUGGGUCACCCUUUGUUGUUUUUUUUUUUUUUCUCCCCAGGCUCUCACGUUAAAUUGAAACGCUGACAAUGAGAGCGGCAGGACUUGAUAAAUGCCUCUAGAAUUUUAAGUACCUAUAAUUUUUUUUAUUUUUUUUUUUCCUCCCCCUUUUUUAAAAUUGUGGAACCAUCUCCCCUUUUUAGGCCAAGACGGGAAGAUGUUUAGACCACUUGUGUACUGGUGCCAUCAUGGAGGAAGUCGAAUGUUUGGAGCUGGGGGUGGGCUAGACUUGACUGGUGUUAAAGCGACACAUAGGCAUUUUUCCCCCUUUUAGAAAAAAAAAAAAGGGUGGUGAAUUGUAUGACUUAAUUUACUUUGAAAUAUAGAGACUGCUACAAAUGUGCGUCUGUUUAUUCCAUUCUCUUUCAGAGUAUUCACAUUGCCUCAAUCUGUUGAAAUCUGCUUCGUUUACCUUGAUGUGUAUUACUCUGGCCAAAAGUUUUGGUUUGGUUUUUUUGUUUUUUGUGAAUGCGGUAGGGUUUUUAUGGUCCCUACCGUUACUUGUUCUAGAAACGAAUUAAGUGCGAUAGCCUGAAACAUAUAGGUAAAAAGGUUACCUAUCUUAUUGGGACUGCAUUUGCAAAUGAUCUUGGUUUCUAAUAGUACAACUACAUGGAUAUAUCUUAGAUUUUUAUGUAUAAAGGACUCUCCCAUCAGAGUAUGUUGCAUUGUACAACAAUUUUGAACUUGUAUUAAAUUGGGAAAAUAUUUCCCAGCACACUAGAUCAUGGGUAGAACUAAAGUUUUACUGUAAAUAUUAAAAACUGCUACAAAAUAUGCUAGUCCAUGCUCUUAA